ACACUGAGCUGUUGUUUCAAAAUAUAUAGUUGUAUAAUAGCAAAAAGAAAAAAAGAAGAGAGGACAGAUGAUUAAGCAUGGAUAUUUUAAAGUUUAAUUUCUUAUCAGUGGUCUUAAUCACAAUUCUGCAUCAAGGUCAUGGACAAGUCCAGCUUAAUACAAAUGGUGCCAUAACAGCUGUUCUUGGAAACAACACAUAUCAACUUACAUGUACUCAUAGUGGUUUAACAGAAUCACAAAUUCAAUUGCUUUCACUAAAACUUGUGAAAGAUGGGGUACAUUUGGUAGUUAUCCCUCCUUUUUCAUUUAGUGGGGCAAAUGUAACAGUUAAUGCAACAAUGUCUUCGAGAAUGUCAGUAGUGCGGUUUACUGCUAACAACCCUACCACGACAGUAACGUUCCAGUUUACUAAGUGUGGGGAUGAAGGAACAUACACCUGGGUAGGGUUUUACUAUGAUCCAACAAGUGGUGCAUCUCAAGUAUCACAAACUCAAGAUAUAACAGUGAAAGCUCUUCCAGGUUUUGAACCGGUUGAUUCAGUGCUGUCAUACACACCUAACACCAACAUUGCCGUUGGUGACAAGGUCACAUUCACAUGUAGCGGUGAUGUUGGAAACAAUCCAGUUGGUGUUCUGGCCUGGUUCUACUUCAGAGAGGGUGAGGUUACACCUGUUGAUGAAUCUUCAAAUGCCGUUUCAACUGCACCUCAGGUAUCAAGGAAGUGCAGUAGGUCAAGGUCAUCAACAUUGGAGCUGACAUUGACAAGAGAUAUGUACAAUAUGGUGGUGCGCUGCACGGUGCAGCAAGAUAGAAGAACUUCUGACGGGGAAGGACAUGUACAAAAAAGUAUAAUCGAUGUGAUGUGUAAGUAGUUCCCAUUAGUAUAUACAUAUAAUACUUGUCAAUGCAGAUUACAGCGUUGUACAAAACAGAUACAUGUAAGUCUAAUCCCUCUGACCUGACUGACUGAAACAAAUUCCGCCGACCCAAACACAGAAUUGCCCCAAAAUUCAAAAGUCGGAUGAAUCCAUCUUUAGCCUGUUCUGUGUACGAUAUUUUAGC